AUGACUGUUGAUGACCACAAGAGUAUGAAAGAUCAACUUGAUCAGAAGCCAAAUGGCGAGACAGCAAAAGGUCUUCGUUUUGUUUCUUCUUGGAAGUGGUACCCUGCUGCUGUGACUCUAGGGGUCCUUUGUCUGGGAUUACUGGUGACUGUUAUAUUGUUGAUACUGCAAUUAUCCCAGGUGUCUGAUCUCCUAAAGCAACAACAAGCAAACAUUACUCACCAGGAAAAUAUCCUGGAGGGACAGAUUUUAGCCCAGCGCCAAUCAGAAAAAUCUUCCCAGGAGUCACAGAAGGAACUCGAAGAAAUGAUAGAAACCCUUGCCCACAAGCUGGAUGAGAAAUCCAAGAAACUAAUGGAACUUCAUCGCCAGAACCUGAAUCUCCAAGAAGUUCUGAAAGAGGCAGCAAACUAUUCAGGUCCUUGUCCCCAAGACUGGCUCUGGCAUGAAGAAAACUGUUACCAGUUUUCCUCUGUCUCUUUUAAUUGGGAAAAAAGCCAGGAGAACUGCUUGUCUUUGGACGCCCACUUGCUGAAGAUUAAUAGCACAGAUGAACUGAAAUUCAUCCAGCAAAUGAUUGCCCAUUCCAGUUUCCCCUUCUGGACGGGGUUGUCAAUGAGGAAACCCAGCUACUCGUGGCUUUGGGAAGAUGAUACUCCUUUGAUGUCUCACUUGUUUAGAAUUCAGGGAGCUGUUUCCCAUAUGUAUCCUUCAGGGACCUGUGCGUAUAUUCAAAGGGGAACUGUUUUUGCUGAAAACUGUAUUUUAACUGCAUUCAGUAUAUGUCAAAAGAAGGCGAAUAUAUUGAGAGCACAGUGA